GCGCGGCCCGGGAAGCAGUGGGAUAACGGAGAGCGAGGAGCCGGCCCGGCCCCGGCCCCGGCGCGGGCAGCCCGCCAGAUGCUGCUGCCUGCCAUGAUGUUCUGUGUGAUUUGUGCCAUUCCCCAAGGACAAAGCAGAGAGAUCCUUGGUUUGGACAGGUCCUGCAAUGCCUCCUCCACCAGUCUCCCUCCACAGAAACCCAGCUGGUCCUUAACUGUGGCAGCUCCUAUUAGCUGACAGGGCCACCAAAGGUCUUAGUAACUGCUACAAUAUAAACCAAAUACUUUUCUAGUUCAUCUAGUUCAUCCACAAGACUGAUCCAGUCUUUAUCUGCCCCGGUAUUAGCAAGGGGGAAGUCUGGUAACUUUUGUCCUGUAGUAGGUGUUGCAUGCAGACAGUGUCCACGGAAGUCUUGCCAAAUGCCAUUCUCCUCCUAUAGCAGCCCUGGGGGUUUAGCUUUUCUGCAUAUUAAGUGUUUGGGGAAGUGUGAAUUGGCUUUUGCUUUUUGAAAAAAAAAUAUAUAGAAAAUACCACCUUCAUGAGUAAUUUUUACCAUGGAAGUGGCAUUUCCUGGAGCAGCUCCCCAUUAGAUCAGUCCAACAGACUGCAGGGCUGCUGCCUAGGUACACCUGGCCUGGCUGGAUUCCCUCUUAGUCUGUGUUUCCUAUGAACAUACAGUCUCACUCUAAAAGGCACCAUCUUGGGGGUGGAUUCUCUUGGGCUGCUAACCUGAGCAGAGCUGAGACUCAGCAAGGUACGUGCUUUAAAGUGCAGUACAUGUUGAUUGAAGAGGAAACUUGUACCCAGUGAUGUUUGGGGUGGGUAUUUGCUUUAUAAGUCUUCUGCACAUCUAUUUCAAAGAGAAUGUGCUCAUACCCUUUUAUUUCAUGGCUGCUUAGUCCAAAGGUGAUCCACAGGACUUGGGCAGCUCACUGAAUUGGUAUAAAAACGUGGAAGGUGUGAAAAUCAGGUGGCCAUGCUUGGCUUUAAAAAGAUUUCACUGACAGAGUCUGAAUGAAUUAACUCUCUGGGGUUCAAACCAGCAGGCAUUGUCAGAUACAAGGGAUUAAAAGGCUUUUUAAUGUGGCUUAGUAGUGUACAGAAGAUUGGCUUACUUGUAUGAGCUCUUCUUUUGUCACAUUGAUCUUUAUUUUGCAUUGUGCUUAGUACAACAGAAACCAGAGGCUGAAGUCUUCUUUCCUGAAUCAUCUGACAGGACUUGGCCCUUUUAUUGCUUAGUAAAAUAUUUUUUUGUGAAGGAGGAAUUGAUUUUUGCCAGUGUUGCCACUGUUGAGUAAUAGCUGAAGAAUACCAAAUUGUAAUAAUUUCAUGAGCACUGUAUGUGGCCAAGUCAGUGAGAGGAAGUUACUAAACAGUGGGUUGUACUUCUUUAUAUGACUUUCCUGUAUAGAUGUAUUGAUCUAACCUAAUAGGGAGCUAGCUGAUGAAGGAAUAAAAGGCUGUUCAGUGGUUCCCCUGUGUCAGCUGUAUGUGACUAAACCCAUGAGGUGUUAAUUAUGGGAAUGAUAGCUCCAGUUCUGAGGGAUGCAGCUGAUGUGUCAGGAAGGUAAGCUAAAUAUCAUAGGAGGAUAAAGUUGGCAGGGACUGAUGGAGGAAAUGCUUCAACACCAAGGGAGACUUUGCAGAAGAUGGUGGAUGAAGAUGGGCCUCUGCAGCAGUAAAGAUGAUGACAUUGAAGAGGGAGAUCUCCCUGAACAUAAGAGGCCUCCAGCACCAAUAGAUUUCUCAAAAAUAGAUCCAGGCAAGCCUGAAAGCAUCCUGAAGCUGACAAAGAAGGGGAAGACUUUGAUGAUGUUUGUCACGGUGUCAGGAAAUCCCACAGAAAAGGAGACAGAAGAAAUCACCAGCUUGUGGCAGGGCAGCCUCUUCAAUGCAAACUACGACGUGCAGAGGUUUAUUGUUGGCUCCAAUCGGGCCAUCUUCAUGCUGCGGGAUGGUGGCUAUGCCUGGGAGAUCAAAGACUUCCUGAUAAAUCAGGAAAGGUGUGCAGAUGUUACUCUGGAAGGUCAGGUUUAUCCUGGCAAAGGAGCAGACGGAAAUGAGAGAGUGAAAAACAAAACAAAACCUGAAAAAGCAAAGAAAAAAGAUGCAGAGAAGAAGUCGAACAGCGUCAAAGAGGACAACCGAGCAACCAACAAGAGAGAGGAGCUAUGACAGCCACAGUACCCAGACUGAGUCCUGCUCUGCUGCUCCUUGAAGGGAAUCUGCUGAGGAGUCCUGGGUUUUGGGGAGGAAGGAAGCAGAGACUACUGAAGCUUAAAUUUAUGUUGAAAUUCACCAGUUUACUCAUUGCUGUUGGCC